AUGGAGAAAGAAGCAGAGGAAGAAAGAAUCCGGAAGCAUAAAGCUGCAGCUGAAAAAACUUUCCAGGAUGGAAUUGCCAAAGCAAAGCUGGUGAUUCGCAGGACCCCAAUUGGCACUGAUCGUAAUCAUAACAGGUAUUGGCUGUUUUCGGAUGAGGUUCCUGGCUUGUUCAUUGAGAAAGGCUGGGUACAUGACAGUAUAGACUACAGAUUCAUCCUGCCCCAUCAGAAAAAAGACAACUUUAAAAAGGACUAUAGCCUGGGAGGUACGAUCAACUGCGCAGCCACCGAUGGCAGAGUGAGCAAGCUUCACCGGUCUGUGCAUGCUGCAGACCUUCCCGCAGAGACCACUGCACCCAAGCAGGGACAGAACUUAUGGUUUCUCUGUGACAGUCAGAAGGAUUUGGAUGAGCUGCUGGAUUGCCUGCACCCACAAGGAGUAAGAGAGAGCCAGCUAAAGGAGCGUUUAGAGAAAAGAUAUCAGGACAUCACACAUUCUAUCCAUUUGGCUCGGAAACAGAACUUGGGCCUUAAAUCCUGUGAUGGCAACCAGGAACUGCUGAACUACCUCCGAAGUGAUCUAAUUGAAGUUGCAACUAGACUGCAAAAAGGAGGCCUGGGAUAUGUUGAUGUGACACCAGAAUACGAAGCAAGAGUAUGCUCACUAGAGAGCUUGAAAGAUUUUGGAGAGUGUGUGAUUGCACUCCAAGCUGGUGUUGUUAAGAAGUUUCUGCAAGGUUUCAUGGCCCCCAAGCAGAAGAGAAGGAAACAUCAAGGAGAAGACUACAUUGCCAAGGCUGAGGAGAUAGAUGAAGACAAGAAAAUGGCAGAAGAAGCUAAGGUUGCUUCAGCCAUGGAGAAGUGGAAGACAGCAAUCCGUGAGGCCCAGACCUUCUCCCGUAUGCACGUGCUGCUCGGGAUGCUGGAUGCCUGUAUCAAGUGGGAUAUGUCGGCAGAGAAUGCCAGAUGCAAAGUGUUACGUUGCGCUCUCCUAGGUGAGGAUGACAAGCUGAUCCUGUGUGACGAGUGUAACAAAGCCUUCCACCUGUUUUGUCUGAGACCAGCACUCUAUGAGAUACCAGAUGGUGAAUGGCAGUGCCCAGCGUGUCAGCCUUCUACUGCCAGGCGCAGCUCACGAGGCAGGAACUAUGCAGAGGAUUCUGCUGAAGAUGAAAGCGAAGAAGGUGAGGAAGCUUCUGAUGAACCAGAUGCUGAGGAGGAGGAGGAGGAGGAGGAAGAAGAUUAUGAAGUUGCUGGACUGAAAUUGAGACCCAGAAAGGCAGCCCGGGGCAAGCAGAGCACAGCCAUGUACUCCUCGAGGCAGGGAAGGCACCAAAGGAAGAAGCAGUCGCUGCACCCUGCCAGGGGACCCCGGCAGCGGGCUGCACCUGUCAACGGCGCAGACAUUGAUGAGCUGGUCCUUCAAACCAAGAAGACAGCACGUCGCCAAAACCUUGAGUUACAGAAGUGUGAGGAAAUCCUCAGCAAGCUGAUCAAGUACCGCUUUAGCUGGCCCUUCAGGGAGCCAGUGACCACGGAGGAAGCUGAAGAUUACUUUGAGGUCAUCAGCAACCCUAUGGACUUCCAGACUAUGCAGAGCAAGUGCUCUUGUGGCAAUUACCGCUCGGUGCAGGAGUUCCUCUCUGACAUCAAGCAGGUGUUCUCCAACGCUGAGCGCUACAACCAGAACGGGAGUCACGUACUGUCCUGCCUGGAGAAGACGGAACAGUGUUUGAUUGACAUGGUGCACAAACACCUGCCUGGCCACACGUAUGCACGCAGGAAACGCAAGAAGCUCUCUGCCAGGUGCCAAGGACUGGAGGAGCAGGAAGGGGACAGUGAGUCAGAGCCCCUUGAACAUCCCCAGGGGCGGAAAAGGAAGAAAUGAGGGUUGGGGAGACAAGGGGGAGAGCCAGAGCUGGAGCAGGCCUUCUGGUGCUGCGGGGCAGCAGGAUGGGUUGUCUGGAGGGAGUUGGGAAGCAGCAGUCACUUCUCUGUUAAUCAAGCCUUCCCUUUGGCCUGUCCUAGUUUUAAUUUUUCUGCAAUUUCCUCAAGUAUUUGAUCAUUCAUUGAGUGAUCAGAGAUGACUUACUGCUUCCUGCAAAA